UGGGGUAGUAUAAAAACAAAAACAAUAGUUAGUUAGUAAGUAAGUGCAGGAAGAGGCGGAGGUGGGUCUAUCCAAAAAAUAGAGGGGAUGGGACGAGGUAAAUAUUUGCUGGUGGAGAGAGAUCCUCUUGCUUAGCUUAAUCUGUGAGAGUUGAGUGAGUGAGAAUGGCUUCGCUUCUAUCCUUCUCCCCCCUUAAAUCUGCUAAAGCUUGUGCUGCGCCUUCAACUGCAACUGCAACUGCGACAGAGAGUCUUGACCAGAAAUUCGGACGCAAAGGCAUAAAGUUUUCAGAUUCGGCGACGGUUGAGCUGAGCGUCAGAAAUGGAAGCUCCGUGAAGCUCGACAUUCCAAAUGGCCACAUUACUUCCUACAAGCCCAAGGUCUACUGGAAGGACGAUGGCUACGAGGAGGUCCUUCACACUCUUCCGCCUUCCCCUUCUUCCUCCUCCUCCCGUGGCGGAAUCGCUUUGGUGGUCGACAAUCUCUCCUCCCAGCCAAAUCCAAACACUAGUGCUACUUCACACUGGACUGUAAAGGAUGUUGAUUCUGACUCCAUUGACGCUCUACAGGUUGAGUUGGGAUGCAUCCGCGGGAGUUUGGAUAUUACGUACGUGGUAUCACUCUACCCCCUGAGCAUGGCGACUGCCGUCAUAGUCAAGAACAACGGGCGCAAGCCUGUGGAUUUAGCCACUGCCAUUCUGAGCCAUUUGAAGGUCAAGAAGAGAGGGGGCAGUGGGGUGCAAGGAUUGAAAGGCUGCUCUUACUGCACCCACCCUCCUCUCUCCUCCCCUUUCCAAAUCUUAUCCCCCUCCGAAGCCACCAAGUCCGAGGAUCCCGGUGGCUUCUUCUCCUUCGGGUGGGAGCCCGAGAACAAGGUCGGAGUGUGGAGCGUGCAGGAUGCGCCCAUUACCGUCUUGAGGCAUAAGCUCAGUAGAGUCUACGCUGCUCCGCCCCCACAACGCUCCGACCCUUUCCACGCCACCGCCCCCUCCAAGUACGAGACCAUCGACCAGGGGCGCGAGCUCUUCUUCCGGGUCAUACGAAUGGGAUUCGAGGACAUAUAUCUGUCCAGCCCGGGCUCCUAUUCCGACAAGUACGGCCGUGACUAUUUCAUAUGUACAGGCCCGGCUUCAAUGCUGGUUCCUGUCACGGUCAACCCUGGUGAAGAAUGGAGAGGGGCGCAGGUCAUAGAGCACGAUAAUUUGUGAUCAUCCAUGCCGUUUUUUACUUGUAAUCAUAUUAAUUGGGAAUGGGAAUAUAUGUGUUGUUCCUUUUAUUAUCAUGUAUGGACUGGAGUCUGUGUAAAUGAAAAUAACCACAGUGAUGUGGUGAAGAUAA